UUUUCUAAAAAAAACAAAACCGACACAAAUUCACACACACACACCAAACACAUUCAUAUAUACUAACACUCCCACUGCCGGCCCACGGAUACCUCCGUCGCCGCCGUCCCUGCGAUGAAUUACAGGGACCACCACUGCCGCCGUCGUUUCUCUCUCGUCAUCCAAUUUCUCUCCCUAAUUUCACUAAUCAUAUACGCCUCUGCUGACGUCACCGUAUCGGAAACAGAUCAGCAACAGCUGCAGCAAGUUGAGGAAACCGCCACCGCCGCUGGCAUUAGCUUUGUAAAUAACGCCACCGUGAAUGCUACUACUGAUAGAGACCGGAGCUUCGCCGGAAUGAUUGAUCGUGCUCUUGAAAAAGAGUUCACUGAAAGUGAUCAAAAUGAAGAGAAUGAUGCAGGAAGCUUCAAUAAUAGUGUUGCUGGGCAACAGGCUGUAUUGGAAACUGUAGCCAGGGUCAAGUCCAAGAAAAAUGACACAAAAGACGAUAAGUCCUUUCAACUUCAUCAUGUUUUCAAUAUGGAUAAUGACAAUGGAGCAGAAGAAACACCAACACUAAUUGACAGGAAGGAUAAUGUUUUUAUAAUCUCCAAUUUCAAAUCAAAAUAUCCCGUGCUACAGUUAGACCUGAGGUUAAUCUCGGAUCUUGUAGUUGUUAUUGUAUCUGCCACUUGUGGCGGCAUAGCCUUCGCGUGCGCAGGACAACCAGUGAUUACUGGAUAUUUGCUGGCAGGAUCUCUUGUUGGGCCCGGUGGGCUGGAUGUGGUCAGUGAAUUGGUCCAAGUAGAAACUGUAGCACAAUUUGGUGUAAUUUUCCUUCUUUUUGCUUUGGGAUUGGAGUUCUCUGUGGCGAAGCUUAAAGUUGUUCGGGCUGUUGCUGUUCUUGGUGGACUGCUUCAGAGUUUCUUGUUUAUGUGCAUUUGUGGGAUUACUGCCUCUUUAUGUGGCGGCAAACCUUCUGAGGGAGUUUUUGUUGGUGUGCUCCUUUCAAUGUCUUCAACAGCAGUGGUCCUGAAAUUUUUAAUGGAGAAGAAUAGUAUUAAUGCUCUUCAUGGACAAGUUACUAUCGGGACUCUCAUCUUACAGGAUUGUGCUGUGGGUUUAUUGUUUGCUCUUCUUCCUGUCCUUGGGGGAACUUCAGGCGUUCUACAGGGAGUAAUAUCCAUGACUAAAUCGCUGGUGGCGUUGAUUGCAUUUUUGGCUGUAUUAUCAGUAUUUUCAAGGACUGGCUUGCCUUCGUUCCUUAAACUGAUGAUAAGCCUUUCCUCACAGACCAAUGAACUGUACCAGUUGGCAUCUGUUGCAUUUUGCCUGCUUGUUGCCUGGUCAAGUGAUAAGCUUGGUCUAAGUUUAGAAUUGGGCUCGUUUGCUGCUGGGGUUAUGAUAUCAACAACCGAUCUUGCUCAGCAUACACUUGAACAAGUUGAACCUAUACGCAAUUUCUUUGCUGCUCUCUUUCUUGCUAGCAUCGGCAUGCUGAUUCAUGUUCAUUUUCUGUGGAAUCACAUUGAUAUCCUGCUAGCAUCAGUUUUGUUGGUGGUUAUUGCCAAGACAAUUGUAAUAUCCAUAGUUGUCAAGGGUUUUGGCUACAACAACAAAACUUCAGUUCUUGUAGGGAUGUCGUUAGCACAAAUAGGAGAGUUUGCUUUUGUCCUUCUCAGUCGUGCUUCUAAUCUUCAUCUUGUUGAGGGUAAGCUGUACAUGCUGCUUCUUGGGACAACUGCUCUUAGCCUGGUGACAACUCCGUUACUUUUCAAGAUUAUACCAGCUGUAGUGCAUCUUGGCGUCCUCUUACGGUGGUUCACUCCUGAUAGUCAAACUGAGAUGGGAUUCAAAGUAGAUGGGUUACGUUCUGAUAGUGCUAAGCAACGAAUUGCUUUGAUUGCGAAGGAUCUUUUGAUCCAUGAAGGUUAAAUACGGGCAAAAAUUGUAAAAUUUGAGGGGAAUAUAUCUCAUUACCUUGUAUGAGUUUUCAAGAACAGCCAGAAAAUGGAUGAAUGAAAACUGUAAGGUUGUUAUAACGUACGUGUCUUUUUGCAAAAGUCUCUACAGAAGAAAAAACAAUCUUUCCUCAAAUGAGGAGAUGGGUCAGGAGUUAAUCUAACCGAUAGGCAACUAACAGGUGUGAAGAUUGAGGUAUCUUUUUAGUGAACCGUUACUUUCUUCGUGGGUUUGUAAUGUAAUAUAGUGUAUGUACGUGGAGAGAACAUGAGGAAGUGAUUUUAAUGUAAUUUUUGAAUGGCCGAUUCUUUGAUAUAGUAACAAUUGUUGCUUAAGGUAGUGUCAGGUAUGGACUGUCUGUUGCAUUUGUAUCUUGGUUUAUAAUUUUUUUUCUUCUUUAAUUGGGAAAUGUGGAUUUAUCUUGAA